CUCCCGCCUGACCUUCUCUCAGCGGUAGCGCUUCUCCUCCGGGCGCACCAGAGCACCGACAUGACAUCACCCGCCACCGACCGGGGGAAGAAGGCGAACUCGUAGUGCGGAUGAACCAUGUUUUGAUGACUAGGCUACAAGACGACGUGUGCUCGGGACGGAACCAAUUAAUCCGUGAAUAGGCGAACUUUUCGAGUUGGACACGUCUUCAUAAUAGCCGUGGGGAAUACGCACUGCUUCGAUAACCCAGUAGCUGCCGAGUGGCCGAACUAUAACACGAUCUACAGUGGCGGAAUGUUCAACUCUCUCGGCGCAUUCUGGUUUCCAUUGUGCACAGGCUUGUCUCGCGUUCUGCGCGCACCCAGCGAGUAGAAGGCGGAGGAGGGACGUGCUUUUCUCAGGGUGCUUUCCUUGUCUAUGGACGACAGCGGUCCCCUCUCUCCAAAGGCAAAUGCUUUCAGUAUCGCCUCUCUGAUUUCAGCAGCAGAGCAAGUAGGACACUCGGCGUUUGACCAACGAGGAACUGGCCUGGACAAGGCAGAGCUGCACAGCUGCAGUUCCUAUAAAAUGCACUACAGUACUGUCACCCGGGAAAUGGAAGCAAUAUCCAGUCCGUGGCUGACGCAGCUAUCCCAUUUUUGCGAUGUUGCAGCCUUCACGACGAGUAGUAUAAGCAACCUGAAUACGGCGGGGAGCUAUCAUCUGUCCCCCUCCCCUGGAGACCCGUACAGCCAACAUGAAGCUCACUUUGAGCCUUGCCCGGCGGCUCAGCACAACUACAACUACCCGGGCUCGAACCCGGGACAGGCGCAACAGAGCGACUCGGGGACGUCCAACUGCUCCUCUUCGUCCUCCAACUCUACACCCAACAACAAGUCCAUAGUGAAGAAAAAUCCUAAAGUGGCCAACAUUAACGUUCAGCUGGAGAUGAAAGCUUUAUGGGACGAGUUUAAUCAACUUGGGACGGAGAUGAUAGUUACCAAAGCUGGAAGGCGAAUGUUUCCAACUUUCCAAGUAAAAAUAUUUGGGAUGGAUCCCAUGGCAGACUACAUGCUCCUGAUGGACUUUCUACCGGUAGACGACAAACGAUACAGGUAUGCAUUCCACAGCUCGUCGUGGUUGGUGGCCGGUAAGGCGGACCCCGCCACCCCAGGGAGGGUGCACUACCACCCCGACUCCCCCGCCAAAGGCGCGCAGUGGAUGAAGCAAAUAGUCUCUUUCGAUAAACUCAAACUCACCAACAACCUACUGGAUGACAACGGCCAUAUCAUCCUGAACUCCAUGCAUCGAUACCAGCCAAGGUUCCACGUCGUUUACGUGGAUCCCCGCAAAGACAGUGAGAAAUACGCCGAGGAGAACUAUAAAACGUUCGUGUUCGAGGAGACGCGGUUCACGGCGGUCACCGCGUACCAGAACCACCGGAUCACACAGCUGAAGAUCGCCAGCAAUCCCUUCGCCAAGGGCUUCAGAGACUGCGACCCGGAGGAUUGGCCCAGGAAUCACAGGCCCGGCUCGCUGCCAAUAAUGAGUGCGUUUGCCAGAACGAGGAACCCAAUGUCAUCUCCCCCUCAGCAGAACGGCUCAGAGAAAGACGACAUCCGACGGGAUUACGACCGCGACCCAACCGGCACGCCCAUCCACGGCGACUCCGCCCACCAGCUGAUGUCCCGGGUCCUCAGCCCGGCGCUCCCCGUGCCCGGGGGUCUCCACUCCGUCCCCCUCAGCGGCAGCCGCCCCAGCCCCCCGCCGCCCCACGACCUGCGGGCCGACCCCCACCCGCUGUCCCCGGACACGCUGCAUCACCACCCGUACAAGUACCCCACAACGUACGAACACUACCUCGGCGCCAAGGCCCGGCCCUCGCCGUACCAGCUGCCGGGCAUCCGGGGGCACACGUACCACCACCACCACCACAUGAACCCCGCCACGGCCAACAUGUACUCUGCCACGAGCGCCCCGGCCAAUUAUGACUACGGGCCGCGGUAGUGCCGGGGGCGGCGGCGUCUGUAGCAUCUGGACUAGCUUCACCAGCGCCACCCCUGGAAAUACAAACAAGAUCAGCACGUCUCUCUGUCUGUGUGUGCGCUGUUGCAACAUCUGGGGCGUGUUCGUAUCAGCAUUUCUCACUGGCUGGAUAUUAAGGCCCCUCCCGUUGCCUCACCAUUUAUCCCCCCCCCCCCCCCCCAACCCUCCACACACUGACUCACACACACACACACACACACACACACACAGACACCAAACAAAACAAAAAUGGACCCGGCCGUAUUUAUUUUUGUCAUGAUGAGGAAGAUGAUGAUGAUGCGUCUCAGCGUGAAGUAUGGGCAUGUCUCCGAGCACUUCCCGACACCCGCAUUAAGGUCUGACCCCCCCCCCCCCUCCACGGCAGACCAUGGCGGAGGUUCAUCACCUUGCCGACAGCGUAGACGCUACGUGACUGCAGCUCCCCCCACCCCACCCCUAGACCCCCCCCGACUCAGACCCCUCCCGCCCAGCCUAACGCGGACAAUGUUCUCGGGCACAGAACCGGAAUGGAAUUGAAUUCUUUUUUUUGUUGUUGUGUUGGAUGCACUUUUUUUUUAUUUUCUUUGCUUUCAAAAAAGCCAUAUAUUAUUAUAUAGUCCGUCUGAGGUUUAGAUAGACGAGAUGUUUGCAUGUUGAGCUCAUCAGCGAGCGUGUGGAAACACACAACCGAUGUUAUUGUGUGAGGAGGUUAAAAAUAAAAUGAAAAUCAAGAAGAGAGACUGAAUUUGGGAAAAUAAAAAACGUUCUGAACACAAGCCCCUCUGAAGGCUCCUACCAUGGCACUGACCUGCAGCAAUAGUAACUAAAUAAACAAAUGAAUAAAUAAAUACAUCAGAAUAACCGUUCUGUAUCUGUAAAGUAAACAUUAAAAAACAUGUAAUUUUAUCAAAA